UUCGUCAAAACAUAUAUAUAUACCGGCUUACUCUUGAUAAGUGCAUUCGGUAUGUUGCGGAGCUGACAUUUGGCUGUGGGGUUUUUAUCAAGGAGUCGGAGUUUGGCGUUCAGAGGUAGUUGAGUCAGUGGCAGAGAGUGCUGUGUGUGGGAUCCCCCAUCAAAGAGCGCAUUGUGUUUGAAGACAUUGAACGGCGGAGAAGAUGAAGCGGAGGACCACCUCGGCUGUGCCCACCGUGUCGGCGCUAGUGGACGGAUCGGGCCCUCCAGGGGCCGCUGCAGAGUCGCGGAGGCCCAAGCGACUCAUCAACAAGGACGGCUCGAGUAACGUGGCCAUCGCCAACGUUCACGCGCACUGCUGGGAGUACUGCCGCGACACGUGGACCUCCCUGCUCGAGAUGGCCUGGGUCUGCAAGCUGCUGCUCUUCCUGUCACUGACGCUGGGCAUCGUCGGCCUCUUUGGCCUCCUGUGGUACGCACUGGCAUUGCACCACGGCGACCUGACGCGCCCACCCACAGACGCAGAAGCCGGCGCCGCCGCCCCCUGCGUGAUCAACAUCGUGUCCUUCGGCUCAGCCUUCCUCUUCUCCCUGGAGACUCACGCCACCAUCGGCUUCGGCGUGCGGCGCGUCACCGACGCGUGCCCUGCCGCCGCCCUCCUCCUCACGCUGCAGAUGCUGGUGUCGGCCGCGACGGACGCCCUCGUCGCCGGCGUCAUCCUCGCGCGCCUCGCGCGCCCGUCGAGGCGCGCCGGCACCGUGCGCUUCGCCUCCCGCGCGCUCGUCGUGCGGCCGCCGAACUCCGAGCGAGGCGCGAGCGGCGCCCCCCGGCUGCUCGUACGCGUGGCCGACGCGAGGCCCUGCUGCCUCGUCGAGUGCUCCGUGUCAGGGCGGCUCCUGCGCGUGUCGCCGGCGAGCGGGGCCGACGGCGGAUGCGGCGACGGGCGCUUCGUUACCCUCGCGCAACGCGACGUCGAGUUCACGGUGGACCGCGGCGGGCGGCAGCCGUUCCUGACGCUGCCCGCCACGCUCACCCAUGUGCUCGACGGGCGGAGCCCCCUGCACGGGCUAACAGAGGGCGGCCUCCCUGACGGGCAGCCGUUCGAGAUAAUCGUCGCGCUCACAGGCGUCGCAGACUCCACAGGUGCAGUCUGUCAAGCCCGUACAUCCUACCUGCCCUCAGAGAUCCUGUGGGACCAUACCUUCUCGCCCACCAUGUCUCUCCUGGCACAAGGAGGCUUUCGGGUGGACUUGACUCAGUUUGACAAGGUCUUGCCAUUGCCUCAUUUUCAAGUAUAGAGCUUCAUGAUUUAACUCUACAGAGGCAGAAUGAAGGUAUUAGAGCCUUAGAGAGAGUGACUAAUAUUCUCGAGAAGGUAAGGGAGGUGAGACCUAGUUGAUUUGGACACGUGUUUGAGAAAAGAGAUUAAGAAGGUGAAUGAGAAAGGCUCUGGAGUUGCCAUCGGUGCAGGCCAUAAGACAGACGGAGACCGAGAGUGAUAUGGGAGGACGCGGUGGAACGAGAGAGUGGAGGUGACAUGAGAAGAGACGCAGAGUUGAAGCACGUGCAUAAAGAAAAUGUCCCUGCGUUAAUGGGACCUCUGGCUGAGGAUAAUAAAAUAUUGGCUCAGCAGAGAUCACCUUUCAUAAUUCCAGGGCCUUCCAAAAACAAAACAAAAAAUCAACGUGGAAUCCUACUUAUCUGAUCGUGGUGCAAUGUGCACCUCCAGUUUCUAGCUGAGCAAAUUCCGAAUUCCUAUGGCGGGGAGAAAGUCUUUCCAUAAGACACUCUUUACUGCCUGACAAAGCAAUACUCAUCGGGGGAUGAACCCCACCGACCGACUUGAAUUUGAACGCGUCACCUUCCAACUGUGAGUCCAGUGCACGACGAACUGAACCACGCAGGCAGAUAAAAUCCAGCAGUCAUGUUCACACUACUCAUUGCUGUGCCCGUUAAAUACUGUACUUUAUUCUGUGGAUCACGACGCAACUUUUGACCCCUGUCAUUUAAAGGGGUGCAUCAUACAAGCAUGUGUGGUAUUGGGGAGUGGAGGCGCAGGGGGUAGUGUGCUGCACUCCGAACCCGGUCAGCCGAGUUCGAUUCCCUCUCUCGGACGGCACCAGUGACGAUUAUCUGAACCAGUCAUGGGCCUCCCCAAAGUCGGCUCAGCCGCAAAUGAUUACCUGGUGCGGUGUGUAAACAUCAGCACCAGGGAGGCAAAGGCGGCCAUGCGUGGUGCUGGCCACCCACCCCUAGUGUGCUGUACUCGCAAACACCACUUGUCCCAACAGCCUGUUAAGGCUGUAUGGGGGCUAUUUGUCUGACCAAAUCUGUAUAAAUGUAUUGACAGAGCGUAAAAGUUAGUGGGUGAGUCUUACUUUAAGGAGCGUCUUAUAAUCAGGAGAAUACAGUACGUCUCUCAGUCUGAGAAUAUUUGACAUGUUUCCACGGAAGCUAACAAAACACUAAACCCAACUGUCGGCAAACGUAACCACAGAGUUUGCCAAUGCUAAUAAGUAUGUGCAGCUUUAAGGCAGGUUCAGCAAUAAAAUAUUUUUAAAAUAUUUUCUAAAAUAAAUAAAUAGUUAUAUACUCUACAUCAGCGCGAUUAGUGAUUGUGUGUGCGCACAUGUGAGGAUGUGUGUGUGUGUGUGCGUUUGCUCGUUUCUUCAUCCACGCAGUGUUUAAAUAAUAUUCCAACCGCCGAACGAAAUGGAGGCUCCCUUAAUGGACUGGUUACCCAACUUGCUUCGACGUUUUCCAACAAGGGAAGCCCCGCCGAUGGUGAAGGAAGGUUGCCUGUCGACAUUGUGAAGGAAUUUCAUGGGACAACCGAGAGCUGUGUGGAGUAGAGAAGAGGUUUCACCAGGACUAAAAAAAGGCCAUAAUUGUGCCACGACAUUAAGUAAACACGACACGUUCGUCAAUAACACUGUGUGGUCUUAAACGGAAUAAGUACGUACAGUAGUAGGCGACGUUUCGGGCAAUGGCCCUUCUCAACUCAUAGGGAGACCAGAGAGAGAGAGAUAAGCCAGAGAGGUAGAGUGGAUAAGAGUUUAACUCUUAAGAGCUGAUCCCUUAUCCACUCUCAUACCUGUCAACCCAUGCGGUUUACCUGUAUUCUUGUACAGGGAAAUUUAGUUUUCAGGUCCAUACGGCGUACAACCGUUUCAAUACGGGCAAAACAUAUAUUUGUGUGUAUUUCUUUGUGUUUCUCCCCAUGUGAUGGGACUUUGUAGGAUGAACGUUGAGAUUUAUAAGGGCACGGGGUGACCAAUAAAGUCUAAAUUGGUCUGUAAUAAGGUAGGGCACUGAUAUGGGGUUGACAGGUAUGCACUCUACCUCUCUGGCCUCUCGUACCUGGAAUGUCGCCUGUUACAUGCUUUUUAUUUUUAAGGUCACAGUGCUGUUGACGAAUGCGUUGAGUAUUUUAUUGUUUAUGCUUGUGCACCACUGCCAACGUUGCAGUAUAACCAAACAAUUUGUUUCAACGAAGCUAAAACUAUCAUGGGGACCUUUUUUUGCCAGUAUAAAAGUAUGAAAAAUAAGAAUAGAUUUUACCCUAUCUGCCAAUUAAACAGGAGGUGUUAAGAUGUUCAAACACCAAAUAGAAACCUUUUGCAAGGAAUCGAGUGUGCAUUAACGAACGUAAUUGUGGUGAACAUGCAAACAAACAUUCUUUCAUAAGAUAUGGUAUUGUCUUUUAAACUGAUUGGCGUACACUAGAGGCAACAGACUUCUUUAGGGCCUAGUCUCACCAGCGUCAGACCAGAGAACACCAAAAGGCGAACAGUACAAGGACAAUGCACUAUGAGGGCAUUCAUAGCUCGGGGUGAGCAGCUACAAAAUGGGACCCUUUUUCAAGUAUCAAAGUAUGAAAAAUAAGAAAAGGUGUUAGGGGCUUCCAUAAAUGACGUCACGCGAUUUUGGACGAUUUUUGACCCCCCCCCCCCCCUAGUCACACAGCGUCACAAAGUCAGACCCCCCCCCCCCUCAAAUAUGACGUCACAAAGCUCU